AAUUCACGAAAAAAAACCUUGCUUGAAUCCUUGGCUUUUUGUUUAUUCGUUAAAAUAUUGCUUAUUUGUUGCGUUUUUUUUGUUUUUUGUUUUGUUGUUGUUGUUAAUGUGAAAAAAAACGUUCAGUUUGUUUUUGUUAAAAGUUUCAACAGUGGCCCCAGUGUAUAUCAAGAAAUCAUUGCGUGUGACACAUUUUUUUUCUGUCUGUUUGUUCAAAAACUUUUUUCUAUCACAUCAUCAUUUUUGUUACACAUACAGCUACAAAGCUACAAAAAAAAAAAAAUGAAAUUACUCAGAGAUUUAAAUGUUGAUCAAGAAAUUUUAGAACAGCUACGUAAUAAAAUCUAUGAUUAUGUAAUUAAUCAUCAAGAUGUUGAUAUUGAAGAUGUUAGAAAUCGAAUCACACCAGUGUUCAAUUCAACCAAUAAUAGUAACAACAUUGAUGUGAAUAAUAAUAAUGAUAAUGACAAUGAAAAUGAUGAUAAUAACAACAACAACAACAACAACAACAACAACAAUGUUAGUGAUUGGAUGCUCAAACGUUUUAUAAUUGCUGGCCAUCGUAAUGUGGAUGAAGCGUUUGAAAAAUUUCUUGAUUUUUAUCGAUUUCGUCAUGAAUAUAAUGUGGCCAAAUUAACACUUGCAAAUGCAUUGCCUACAGAAAUUUUUCAAUUACAAGCAAUACAAAAACCUGGUAUCGAUAAACAAGAUAAUCAAAUAUUGGUUAUACGUUUGAAAUAUUAUAGAAAAAUUUCGCAACUAGAUUGGCUUAUCAAACGUGCAUUGUUCUAUUAUUUUGAACAAUUCGAUCUAGAUUAUGAAGCUCGUCGAAUCGAUGGUGUUUGUAUUGUUAUUGAUUGUCAAGAAUUUGGCAUAUCGAAUGUUGAUCUAGAUCUAUUACAAUUUCUGGUCAAACAGAUACCAUUUGGUUAUUAUGGUCUUGUAAGAAAUGUACUUGUAUAUGAAUUACCAUUUUUGUUAAGCUAUAUUGUUAAAAUUGUUGAAUCAUGGCUGCCAACAUAUAUAGACAAAAAUGGUAAUAAACAAAAAUUUUUUUCCGUCAUUGGUAAAAAAAAUAUCGAUGAAUUUAUUGAUAAUGAUCAACGGCCAGAAAAUUUAAACGGAAAACUAGUGCUUCCUGUUACACUUCCAACUGAAGCCCGUCCAUUUGGUGAAUUUGUCAAACAAUUCAAUGGCCAAAUUAAAGAUGCCAAUGUUAUCAAAAUUAGUCAACACAUAAAUCAAAUGACCAAAGAACAACAACAAAACAUAUAGUAAACAGAUAAAUUGAAUUUCCUUCAUAUAUGAUGAUGAUGAUGGUGGUAC